AUGCAGUGGGAGCCUAAGAUUGCCAGCUCGUGGAUGCUCAAGAGUAUAGUUAAGGUCAGAGGGCUUACUACGCAGAGUGAGUAUUGGAAAGAUAGUAUUCAGAAGAACCAGUUUAACACCAAUGCCAUGUAUAAGGAACUGAGGGGAAGCUAUACUAAUCAGACUUGGAGGAAGAUUCUGUUUCAAAACUAUGCGAGACCAAGGGCAUGUUUCACUCUUUGGCUAGCUAUUCUGAACCGGCUUCCAACCAAAGAUAGAUUGAGGAAGAUCAAUAUUCAAACAGAUGGAAUUUGUAGUUUUUGUGAUCAAACUGAAAGUAUCGAGCAUCUGUUCUUUCUUUGCAGGUUUACUAGUCAUGUUUGGGUGCAAAUCAUGGAAUGGAUUGGCUAUAAUCGAAGAUGUAAAAGUUGGGAGGAGGAGAAGCAGUGGCUCUCUAUUGAAACAGCGAAAAAGGGAUGGAGACGCUGCCUUCUUAGGUUGGCUAUUGCUGAAGUCACUUACCAGCUAUGGCAGCUUCGUAAUGAAAAAAAAUUUGGCCAAAGUCAGGUUACUAGGGACAUUAUUAUGAAGAUCAAACAUACUAUAGGUAUUAGAGCUUGUUCUAAAAGAGCAUUGAAGAACCAUGUGAGUAUGGAUACAAUGGCUAUUAGUUGA